AUGCUUGGCGGCGGCAGCGGGGAGCGUCUGUGCACGCCAAGCACUUCGGCCGGUCCCUUCCGCAUCUUCUCCGUGGCCGGCUUCCAGAACCGGGCCAAUGACAUCGUCUACUGUCCCCCGAUCGUACGCCAGCAGGCGCAGCAUGUGCCCGAGGACUCCACGGCCAUCAUAUACUUUGGCGGCGACGUCCAGGACUUUCCCGAGAGCAUGGAGACGAACCGCGACAGUAGGGGUUACAUGAAGUACAACCUGGAGAACUCGGCCAUCUUGCUGCGCGAGGCUUUCCCCCGGUCGCACAUCAUCGUUAUCCGGCCAGUUCGCAUGGAGUUUAAGACCUUCAGCUGCUUCGACAAUUUUGUGAGGGGCAACAAUGCCGGUGUUCCAGACCACACGCCCAUGAAUCACGCCCUUCAGCACUUGGAAAAGUUGCUACAAAACUUGUCCCAACGCCUGAUCUCCAUACCCGAAAACGAGAUACUGGACCAAGCGGCUCAGGCGGCGGCAGCUGCGGCGGCUGUGGCUGCUGCUGCUGCAGCCGCUGCCCUGACCCUCUCCAACGCCACCGUCAACGCGGAGUCCAGCUCGCAGUCGUCCCCGGGCAAUGACAGUAGCCAGGACAUGGACAUCGACAUCUUGCAGGUGCAGGAGAACGUCACAGUUGAUGCGGACGGUGCUGUUAUAUUUCCGAUUGUUGGAAGCGAUGCGGCCGAAAUAGUGAACAAUGUCUCGGGGAACAAUGGCAACAGCCACCAGGAGCAGGUCAACAACCACCAGGAGCAGGCCAAUAAUCAGCCGCAGACGGCGGCGGCCAUCAAGAUGGCUUCCACAACGGCAGCCAACAAUGUUGAGCAUCAGAACAAUGACUGCGGCACGGGGCAGGCGAGGCAGGCUUCAGUGGUCAGUGCCAAUCCGGCGGCUACAACUUCGGGCGCCACAGCAACGGUCACCAGUGAUAGCAAUCCGCUGUGGUGGCGGGAGAACCUCAACUUGGACAAGUCCAAGCUAGUGCUGAUUGGCUUUAGCAAGGGCUGCGUCGUGCUCAAUCAAUUCAUCUAUGAGUUCCACUAUCUGAAGACCCUCACGCCCGAUGACAGCAGCAUGUGUCGGCUGCUGUCGCGCAUCUCGGACAUGUACUGGCUGGAUGGCGGCCACGGAGGGCAGAAGAACACAUGGAUCACAUCGCGCAGCCUGUUGGAGACACUCACGCGCAUGGCAGGCAUGAACAUCCAUGUGCAUCUAACGCCCUACCAAGUGCAGGACGAUCGGCGGCCGUGGAUUCGGAAGGAGGAGAAGCUAUUCACAGAGAUGCUGAGGCGGCUGAAUGCGCCGAUCACGAGGCACUUGCACUACGACAACCAGCCGGCCAAUCUGAUGACCCACUUCGAGGUGCUCCAAGCCUUCUGCCAGCAUGUCCACGCUCUGAAUCAGCAGGCCCAGCAGCAGCAGCAGCAACAACAGAUCCAGCAGCAGCAGGGCGUUGGAGGUGGAAUCAACGAGCAGACAGCGACGACAAAUAAUGGGAGCAACAGUAUACUGGAGGCUAGCGAGGAGGCAAAGUGA